CGCUCUUUUGACGCUCGUAGAGCUUGAAUUUUGCAGCAUUUGCAUCGAUUUCAUACUGCACGGCUUCCCUGCUGCGUGCCCUGAAGCGUUCAUAGCUUGCACUGACGUAGCACCAACCCUGAGCAGCCGAGCAGCCACAACUAGCCUAGCACACUUGGAGAGCGCUCAAAUGCAGCAGGACUAAACAAGUGCUAAUCAAUUCCUCAAAUGCCGCUCCGCAAGCUGCGCACCGCUGCGUACGCCCUCGCCGGUGCCGCCGUCGCCGCGCGGCUCGCCCGGGCCUACCGCCAACGAAAACGACGGCGGCGCCAGCGGGCGCGCGAGGCGGAGUAUAGGGUGGGCCCGGCCUGGCGCCGGCUGCGCGUCGCGCCGUCGACCGUUAAAGGCGCCGGCGAGGGCCUCUUCGCGACGGAGCGCAUCGCCGCGGACGAGACGAUCGGUUUUUAUAGAGGCGAGGUCCUGACGUUAAGGGAGGCUUUACAACUGAAGGACCGCGACUACCUGAUGGGCGGCUUCGGGCCGAACGCCCACGUCGACGCCAGUAAGGCAUUUGCGAUGCCGGGGCGGUACGUGAACGACGCCUUCGAUCCCACGAGGCUCAACGCGCGCUUCGACAAAUCAAGGAAGACGCGCUCCGCGCGCGUCGUCGCGCUGCGCGAUAUUGUAGAGGGCGAGGAGAUCUUCGCGAGUUAUGGAAGGAGCUACUGGAGCGCGCGCGGCGUCGACGUUGACGGAAGGAGCCUUCUACCAUUCAAGGAGAGGUGGCGGGCGACCUUGCUGUGGCUGUUGUUCGGGUAA